GGAGGGUUCAAGUUCAAUUAGGACAGCCCUCAAAAACUGUUCCCCACGCACACAGAGAGGAAAAGAAACGAGAGCAGUCACACACAGAGGGACAGAGAGGGAAGUCCUGGUGAGCAGCUCCACUGAUGUAAAUCCCGCAGUUGAACAAGUCAUGCAUUCGGUAGGCAGGUCGUGGCUGCUGCUUACAGGCUUCAUACUGUUUUAUGUCAUCUACCUGCUGUUCGGAGCCCUGCUUUUCUCCAGCAUCGAGCGGCCGGUGGAGGACAAGCUGCGCAAUGAAAUUGAAGCCCUGAAGCGGGAGUUUCUGAACCAGAGCUGCGUCAACGACGCGUCGCUGGAACACUUUCUGGUCAAAGUUAUGACGGCCAACAAGUACGGCGUCUCCGUCCUCAGGAACUCCUCCGCUACCUCAAACUGGGACCUAGCAUCCUCCAUGUUCUUCGCCAACACUCUGGUCACCACUGUCGGUUAUGGUCACACCACUCCUCUGUCUGACACUGGAAAAGCUUUCUCCAUCCUGUACGCCCUGAUAGGAGUCCCCUUCACCAUGCUGGUGCUCACCGCCUGCGUCCAGAGGAUCAUGUACCCUCUGGUUCUCGCUCCCGUCUGCCUCCUGCAGCGUUCAGGCUUGGAGCCUCGGCCGGCCACCGUUGUCCACUUCCUGUUGCUGAUGGUUCUGAUGCUUUUGUGCCUCUUCGUGGCGCCGGCGGCCGUGUUCAGCACAGUGGAGCUGUCCUGGUCGUUCUUGGAUGGCUUCUACUUCUGUUUCAUCUCGCUGUGCACCAUCGGACUGGGAGAUUUUGUUCCGGGGACACAGCCUGGGCAGGUGUACAGGCCGCUGUACCAGGUCGCUGUCAUAGUCUACCUGUUCGUGGGUUUGAUGAUGAUGUUUCUCCUGCUGCGCACCUUCCACAAAAUGGCUGACCUGCACGGCUUAACCUCCUUCCUGCAGCUGCCGCGCUGUGAGGAGUCCGACCUGGGCGACAGGGAGCGCAUAGUGGAGGGCGCAAAUGCAGAUCAGGCGGCCUCCUACCUGACGGAAAAAGAGGCCAGCAAGCCCCUGGAGCCGGGCUCACAGCCCUCGUACAACACCAUCAACACAAGCUGAGCUGUGGGGGGAAGCGCACAAAAGAAAAAGCUCUACCUCUGGCACCCCGACUGUCGGGCUGAAUCUGAAUUCUUGUCUUAAUCUUUUCAUUUUGUCUUUAGUUUCCUUGAUAAAAACCUCAAGAGGAGAGCGCGUAAUAAUGAGGAGGAUGAUGAUGAUGAGGAAUUGAGAUGAGUUUUAAGAUUCAGCCUUUGUGAGAGGACUGCCAAACACUUUGCAUUCUGCACAUAUGAAAGGACCGUCCUAACUCGUCUGCGGCAACCCGCCUGGGCUAAAAGAUGUGAUAACAUUCAGUCCUUUUCCUCGUCGACAUGCUGUAACUGUAGUACAGCCUCAGGAUAGCACAUGAAGGGCUCGGAGCAAGAACUUUUUGAAACAUGGUUAGUAGUCUUCUGAUCACUUUUGUCUUGCAUGCAUUUUUGUCAAGUGGUUUUAUUUGUGUCGCAGGUUUGGGUUGCUGGUUCAGGACUAACACAAAAUGGUAUAUAAUUGUGAUGAAUCUAAAUCUAGGUGCUGAACACAAUCUGUGGAUGCACUUGGCUUUUCAACUUCAUCUUUUACACUUAACUGCAUUUAUUUUUUUAUGUUUCACGUGUGCACAUCCAAAACACUUCCAGACCGUCCAGUCAUAUUGAGAACCAGGAUUGGCUUUUACUCACUUUUGCACCACUUGAAUGCAUCUUCAUCUUAAAAUGUGGACCCAGGCUGAGCAUUUAAAACACUUGGGAUGUUUACUGGAAAGUGUUUAAUCAGACUUUUGUGUGUUCUUGAGUACAGAAACUACAGACCAGCACUGCGUUUGUCUUGACAUGGGCUGUUCUUUUAUGGCGCUGCCCCCUGGUGUCUACGUGCAUGUAGCUCAGCAUGUGACUACACCUCCAAAAGAGUAAUACAAUAGGGUCAAAGGGUUGGAAUAGAGGGAUUGAGGAAAAGAAAGUGAUAGUAAAUAAAGUGUUUCAUUGUGGGGACUGAGGAAGAAAUAAAUUUCAAUGGAAAACCAAAAAAAAAAUGUCUGUGUGAUUUUAGAGAUCAUGAACACUUGAAAUGCACUUUAAUGUCAGUUAUUGUUCUUCUUACCAUCGGAGUUGAACGAGUAGGCUUAUAUCCUGAUACUGUAAAAUAAGUUGUCUCAUCCAUGUUGUCUGUUAGUUUAGUAAUAUAGCAGUUUAAUAUGUAUUCGCAUUGGACCACCAUAAAUUAAAAAUAUAUUUUGCCUGUA